AUUUUCCGAUUUGCUAAUUCGUCUUUCUUUCAAGAAGGGAUGACACGAGCGUGGAUCACGAUGUUGGGGUUGCUGGCGUCGAUCGCGAUGGCGGCGCCUGACGUGGCAUUCCAUAAGGCAUGUGCAGGGAAUGAUGUGAAGACAGUGGUGUCGAUCUUGAAAGCUGCGCCGGAUGUGCUGAACGAGAUCGGCCCAGACGGUGGCCAGACAUGUUUGAUGCGCGCCGUGCUGUUCGGGUCCAAAGCAGUCGUGAACCACUUGCUGUCGAACACAAACGUCGACGUGACUAUAGGCGAAAAGGACGGGUAUACUCCACUUCAUGGAGCAGGGUUCCAAGGCCGCGCCGAGAUUGCGAAGAUCCUUAUCGCCCAUGGUCUAGACCCCCUCGACCAGCAUGAAGACGGAUACACACCGAUGCAUCGUGCUGCAUGGGGCGGCGAAAGGCGACACACUGAAACUGUCCUGGCGUUCUUGGAAGCAGGCGUUCCGGCGGACCUCAAGGCUGGCGACGGCCGCACAGCACUGGAAAUGACUCACAGUCCAGCGACAGUGCGCGUUUUGAUGGAGCACGGCGCGAGCGGAGGGAGCCUGUAGAAGAUUCGUCUUUCGUAGUUACUACGAAUGAUUAAUGAAGUAACUCACAAUCCGCGAGGUUUGCUCGUGCGAUCGUGGUUUGUCCGUGCUUGGUCCACCAACGGUAUCACACCAACACGAUGGAUAUUCCACCAAAAAGGUCCUGGGGCAUGAC